AACACUACACAAUAAACUACAGCUAAUAAUAAACAGAUUUUUCUUUUUGUUUUUAGAGAAAAAUAUUCCCUGCUGAAGCUUUCUUUUAGGACGUUUUAUGAAGGCAUCUCCAUUGUAGUUAUCAGUGAUACAGCUCGGUUGUUCAACCCCAGAGAGGAAUGUCAUUGGCCGGUUUUCUCCAACCAUCAUAGACGGAUUCAUAAAGAAAUGGGCAAGGAGAGGGUAAGUCACUGCUGCGUGCACUGUGGAAAAAAUUUUACUAAAAAGAGUCAUCUCCAGCAACACCAGCGCGUUCACACGGGCGAGAGACCAUACCGGUGCUUACAAUGCGGAAAAGAUUUCAGUCAACAAAUCAAUCUGAAAACCCACCGGCGCAUUCACACCGGAGAGAAGCCAUAUCCCUGUUCGUAUUGCGGAAAGAGUUUUACUCAGCGCUGUGAUCUCCAGCGGCACCAGCUCAUUCACACUGGAGAGAAACCAUUUUACUGCUCGCAGUGUGGAAAGAGUUUCCGAAAACAAAGCAGCCUCAAAGAGCACCAGCUCAUCCACACGGGAGAGAAGCCGCAUCACUGCUCACAGUGCGGCAAGGGGUUCACUCGACAUAGCCGUCUCCAACACCAUCAGCUCGUUCAUAAUGGAGAGAUGCCGUACAAAUGCUCGCAGUGCGGAAAGGGUUUUAUGAGCGGACACAACCUCAGGAGGCAUCAUCUCAUUCACACCGGAGAGAAACCGUAUUACUGCUCGCAGUGCGGGAAGAGUUUUACCCAGCAGAACGACCUUCAGCGCCACCAGCGCGUUCACACCGGAGAAAAACCCUAUUACUGCUCGCAGUGUGGAAAGAACUUCUUCCGGCACAGUCACCUCCGCCAGCACGAGCGCACCCAUACUGGCGAAAAGCUAUUCCGCUGCUCGCGGUGCGGAAAGACUUUUACGUGCCAGAGUUCUCUCCAGCAGCACGACCACAUUCACACAGGAGUGAAGCCACACCGGUGCUCGCAAUGCGGAAAAGGUUUCAUCAGCAGACACAACCUCAGAAGGCAUCAGCUCGUGCACACAGGAGAGAGACCGUAUUACUGCGAACAGUGCGGGAAGGGUUUUACUCAGCAGAUCGAUCUCCAGCGCCACCAGCACCUUCACACAGGAGAGAAGCCGUAUUCUUGCACGGAGUGCGGAAAGAGUUUUAGCGACAAACGGCAUCUUAAAAGCCAUUCAUGCCUUCAGACAGAAAAGAAGUCUUUUACUGCUGACAGUCUGGGAACUGCUUCAGUUAAUCAGAUAUGUUAAAAAGAAACAAGCGUAUCAUGGUUUACGGCUGAAAGUUUAUGGACACCCAUAUAUAGUCCUUCUUCAAAUCUUUGCCACACAAUUGUAUAGAAUGUCUGUGGCUGCUUCCCAGAUGAUGUACUACACACUUACACAGUGCACUAUAUACUCUAGAAUCUAGUGUGUGAAUGAGGAGUAUUUCCUCAAAUAGAACUAAAUGGAAGUAAAAGCCAUUUCCUAGUCAACUGGCAAAUGACACUAAUCAACCACACGUAAUGCAAUGCUGCUAACUUUAUCAGAAUGCAGUGAAUUUUUAGCGAAGAUGCAUGAGUGUUGUCGUCAUCCGGGUACUUGUUGGAAUUUUAGAGUGAACAAAUUAAGCACUGCGUAAUAGUGCACAAUUAUGUGAUUUGGGACGUACUUCUUGUAAACUUCACUGGAACUAAGAGACCCAAACCUUGUUCCAGCGUAACAAUGCUGCUGUGCGCAAAGCCCCCGAGCUCCAUGAUGACAUUAGUGUUGGACCAGAAGAACUCGAGUGUCCUGUGCAAAGCCCUGACUCCCUUUGAACACCUUUGGGAUGAAAUGGAACUGGAGUGUCCUCACCUGACAUCACUGUCUGAUCUCACUAAAGCUCUUGUAGCUAAAUGAACACAAAUCCACACAGCUAGACUUCAGCAUCUAACACAAAGCCUUCCCAGAAAAGUGAAAACUGUUAUACCAGCAUAGGAGGAACUCAAUGUUAAUGCCAAGUGUUCAAUGGUCAAGUGUCCACAUGCUUAUGUUCAUAUAGAGAAAGAAAUUAAUUACUGCACUACAAUUAUUAUAAUAAUCCUAUGUAUAUCAAAUUUCCUAUGGUCAUACAUGUACAUAUGAAAAGUGUCAUGAAUCAAUUUUUAUGGAAAAAGACUUUAGAAUCCCUCAAUCAACAUGAUUCAACGCUUUGCGGUCAAAUGACCGCUUCAAAGCUACGUUCCAGUGUAGAAAAGUUAUAGAGAUGGAAUAUCAUCCCUAAAACAAAAACCAAGGGUUAACCAUUAGACACUCCAACUCUUGACUUUCUCACUGAGGACACUUUAGACUUUUUACCCGCGAUUAUUGCAGCGCAUUUGUGGCGUUAACUCUAUAUUGAAACCCCACAAAAAACACACACAAAAAAAAAUGUUAAAUCUCAGAAUUUGCUCAUCGACCCUGUCUUAUAAGUUGGACCAACUUGCUUGAAUUUCUUAAAAAAGGUAAGGUUUUUCUUAUACUGUAAUGAUACCAGGUUGGUAGUUUUAUAUUAAUAGUACGGCUAAAUUAAAAAGUCACGUCCACAGUUCUGUAGUCGGUGUGUUCAAUAUAUUUAUUAUAAUGAAGUUUCUGUUUUAUUUUACUACUCAUUCAUUUAGGUUUAAAAUCUGUUAAAUAACAUUCGAGUUAAAUGGACUAGCUUGCCUCCGGGUGCCGUAGCUAAAUAUAUUUUGCACUUAUGUUUCAGCCUCCUGAGGUCAGAUACAGAAACCUGAACUUCAUUGUUGUGUCAAAAGAAAGAUGAGUGUAUAAAAAACUGAGGAAUUAUCUAUACCAAUAAUAUAAUGUAAAAGAUUCAGGUGAAUAUGCAUAUUUAGACUCCUCUAUAUUCACAUACCUGAUUUUCCUCUCAAAAGAAAAGAGAAUAAAUAAAACAUGAUGUCACCAAUUUUUGGAGCUUCAUCUGCUUGAUCUGAAAUUUCGAUGAGAAGGAAAAAAUUGACGAACGAAGACUGAAAUGUGUGUAAAUUCAAUCAUGUUUUUGGUCUAGUAAACUGUUGCAUACUGUGUUGUUCUUCAGUAGUUAAUGAAGGUGAUAAUAUUAUUAAAGUAAUAGUAAGUAACAAUAAUAGUAUUAGGUAAUAUUAAACACGGUCAUGCAUUACUAAGUACUUUCAUGUUUGUUUUUGCUAUUUAACAGUAAGUUAUUUACGACACUAAAGUAUGUUAGUGAGAAAUAUUCGUUACUCGUUGCUGUUAUAGUCUUGCACUUCUGUAGGUUAUUGUUGUCAAUUUCUUCCUUUAGACUUUAACUGGCUAAAUAAAACACCACUGACCCCAUAAUAUCUUAUACAGACAUUUACAUUAAGGCUUUAAUUAUUGGGAAUUAAUGUAAACGUCACCAGUAAUUACACAGUAGUUAUUAUAAAAGUGUUGUAAUCAGGGGGCAGUUCUGAUAUAUACCUACUUACUCAUACUAACAGUAAUAUAAAGUGUUGACUUCAUCAUUA